UAUAGAGAUUUGUAUUUUGUUUAGAUUUGUCUCGUUGUAGUUUCUUCCUUAAGAAAUUUCAAGUAAUAAAAUAAAAGGAAAGGAUAGGCUAUAUUGGUUGAAGAUCCAAGUUCACUUUUAUUUAAGGAUUUUAUUGUUAGGAAUUUAACAAAGAUGUCGAGCACUUCACAGAAACAUCGCAACUUCGUGGUGGAGCCAAUGGGUGACAAGGCAGUCACUGAACUGGCUGGUGUUGGAGAAGUUUUGGGGAAAAGGCUUGAACAUCAGGGAUUCGACAAGGCAUAUGUUGUGCUUGGACAAUUCCUGGUGUUGAAGAAGAAUAAGGAGCUGUUCCAGGAUUGGAUGAAAGACACCUGCAGCGCCAACGCCAAGCAGUCAGCUGACUGUUAUCAAUGCCUCUCUGAUUGGUGUGACGAAUUCUUGUAGUUCCGUAUACAAUGCUUUUUAAUUUAUUUUCUGUUAAUAACAAUGAACUGCUGUAAUAUUCAUGUCUUUUGCCAAAUUAGUGGUGUAAAGAUAUACAUUUGUUAUGCAACAAAGAUG